AUGGCCAUUAGCACAUCCACCCCCAGCCAAGAGCUGGUGAUCGGCACACGCAACUCCAAGCUAGCGCUGGUGCAAGCCAAGCGCGUCUCGCACGACUUGGCGCAGCGGAACCCCGGAUUCCAGUUCCCAUGGCGCACUGUAUCCGUGAGCGGCGAUGUGGACAAGACCAGCCCGUUCUUGAAAUUCGGGGGCCCGUCCGACGCAGCCAAGAAUAUCUGGACGGAGGAUAUGGAAGCGAAGCUCAAGGCCGGAGAGCUGGAUUUGCUAGUCAAUUGUCUGAAGGAUAUGCCGACUCGGUUGCCUGAGGGUUGUGUGCUGGGGACUAUUGUGCAUCGACAGGAUCCGAGCGAUGCGUUUGUUGUGAAGGAGUCGUUGCGCGAACAGUAUACGGAUCUGGCACAGUUGCCGGCCGGUUCGGUGGUGGGCACGAGUUCGACGAGACGGAAGGCGCUGUUGGCGUAUAAAUUUCCGCAUUUGGUGGUGCAGGAAUGUCGUGGCAAUCUGGACACUCGUCUCCGCAAACUCGACGACCCAAAUGGUCCCUUCUCAGCCAUCAUCGUCGCCACGGCCGGUCUUGUCCGCAUUGACAUGGCCCACCGAAUCACGAAACGUCUCUGUCCGUCGGAAUUUCCCUACGCAGUCGGUCAAGGCGCAUUGGGAAUCGAGAUCCGCGAAGAUGAUGCCCAGACCCUCUCUAUUAUUCAGCCAAUUGAAGACCGUCUCGUCCGCAAGAUUUGUCUGGCCGAGCGAUCUCUCUUGCGCACUCUGCAAGGCGGAUGCUCGUCCCCGGUGGCUGUUCACUGCACCCCUGGAGCACCGGAAAGCGUCGCAAGCCCUCGACUGAAAUUGGAGGGUAUGAUCAUCCAUCCUCAUGGCACUAAGCAGGUCUCGGCUUCGUCGUCCGCGGAUGUCAGUAACGACGAGGAUGCGGAGGCAUUAGGCGCCACGGUCGCUAGGUUACUAGAGGAGGAUGGAGGGAGGGAUUUGUUGCGGGAAAUUGCAUUGCUUUAUGAGAGUCAAUCGUAA